AUGCGUUCCGAUUUGUCGGACGAUAAGCACAGCGUGCAGCUGGCAGCGGCCGAGAUCGCGGAGUCUUCCGAUACGAGCGGCUUCUACGAGCUAGCCUCGAACGGAUCGACAAACGGGCUCAUCAACGGAACCGGCCACCAUGCGCACCAUCAGCACCAUCCACUUCACCAGCAUCAUCCGCAGCAACAACAGCAACAGCACCAUCAUCACCAUCAGCACUCGCAUCCACCACACCACGGGCAUCAUCAGCAUGAGCUGCAGGAUAAGAACGCGAACCUGCUGCAGAGCGUCGACACAACCCAUCAAGCCCUUUCGGCAAACGAUGGUGGUGUUAGUCUGCGGGCUACAUCACGACCGAAACGGGCCACCAGGCGGAUGCAGAUGGAAGCCACAAUCGAUCCUGACAUGACCGACUCGAGCUCACAAAGUGACGACACGAGCUGCGGUAGCAGUCGUACGGGUAGCCGAGGCAGUAACGGAGGCCGCUCAGGCCAGGGAGCAGUCGGGAACGGAAGCGGAAGUAGCAGUGCGGCACGUCGCCGAAAGGGGGCGCUCAACGCGAAAGAGCGCAAUCUCCGGAGGCUGGAGUCAAACGAACGCGAACGGAUGCGAAUGCACAGCUUAAACGAUGCGUUUCAGUCUCUACGAGAAGUCAUCCCGCACGUGAAAAAGGAGCGCCGUCUUUCGAAGAUCGAGACGUUGACACUGGCCAAGAACUACAUCACCGCUCUGACCGACGUCAUCAUAGUGAUGCGGGGUGAGGGCGAGGCUGCGGCAGCGGCCAACGUAGGGCUCCCAUCCCUCCCAGGUGGCGUUUCCGUCCCACUUCCGGACGUCGGAACCGUGGCCACACUGGCAAUGCAGAGUAACUGCGUCCUGGGAAAAACGCAACCGGACAUUACUGGUUCGUGUCUGGGAACCGACGGAGUGGAUCCGAUUUCGUCCACGCUCGACAUGAUCGCGGCAUCCGCCGGAACGGCUCUUGACUGCCACGAACGCGCCCUGCAACACGCCCUUUCGCUCCCGCUGCAGCUUCCUCACCAUCAGGUGCAGGACGCGAGCAGCAACAGCAGCAACGGUAGCAAUGGUGUUGGUGGCGGUGGCGGUGGUGGUGGUGGUGGUGGCAGCAACACUAGUUCCAACAAUGGCACCCGCAACAACACCAGCACCGGGAGUAUCAUCGAUGUGGCCAUCGGGGUGGCAGCGAAUGGCCACCAACAGCAGCAGCAACAACAGCAGCAGCAGCAGCACGGUAGCAUAAACAACAAUCACCUUAAUACCCACCAUUUCAAUAACAACAGCGCCAGCAGUAUAGAUAUUGAAAACAGCUUCUACGAGGAUCCGUUUCAAAUGAUGUAA